ACUGUCGCGCGCUGCGCAGCUCAAGUUGAAGGCUACUGAUCUUCAGCAGGAGACUUCAGGGAAAGCUAAACUUCUUCUUCUUCUUUUUUUUUAGUACAAACAAUGAGUUGUUUUAGCGCAUGAACUCCAAUAGUCGGCUUUCAAGACGGUUGAAGCUGCAUAUGCUUAGAAAUUACUGAACACAUUGUGCAGGGACGAUUGCGCACGGCGCACAGGGACAGAUCAUGCACUGUCAAGCCGAGUUGAGGCUCUCCUCCCCUGGGCAGCUGAAGGCUGCCAGGCGGCGCUACAAGACUUUCAUGAUUGACGAGAUCCUCUCCAAAGAGACAUGUGAUUAUUUUGAGAAGCUUUCUCUCUACUCGGUGUGCCCUUCACUCAUUGUUCGACCAAAGCCUCUUCAUUCGUGUUCGGGCUCUUCAUCACUACAUGCCUACCCGCUCCUCUCAGUGAUCACACGGCAGCCGUCCAACCUGCCGGCCCACGUCCCGCAGCCGUCCUCCCCGGGCGCUGCCCAUUCGCACCUGCCGUUGCUCUCCCCGCAGCAUCCGCGAGGCUCCGAGCCGUCACCCAGCCAGACGCCCCUCAGCAUUAGCAGCGAGUCGGAGACUGAGCGCAGCACGCCCCGCCUGAAGAAGCCACGUCGCAGCCGCACUAUUUUUACUGAGCUGCAGCUGAUGGGCCUGGAGAAGAAGUUCCAGAAGCAGAAGUACUUGUCCACACCUGAUAGGUUAGACCUGGCGCAGUCACUUGGUCUCACACAGCUUCAGGUGAAGACAUGGUACCAAAACAGGCGUAUGAAGUGGAAGAAAAUGGUGCUCAAAGGAGGUCACGAGGCUCCGACUAAGCCCAAGGGAAGACCCAAGAAGAACUCCAUUCCCACCACUGAGGAAAUAGAGGCUGAAGAGCGGAGACUGAAAAUAGAAGAAGAGGAGAGGAUGAGGAGGUUGGCAGAGGAAGCAGGGGUGGCGCAGAGUGGAGGAGAAGCACCUCAACUCGAACCUGAAGAUCUCAGUUCAGAAAGUCACAAUCCAGCCGGAGCAGUGGAGGGAUCUGAGCGAGAUCUGCCACUCCUUAUGUCAGAAACUCACACAGCCAGCUAAGCAAGAACAAACCAACCAAAGACUAAUGCCAACCUGAAAACAAAUAGUGCCUCAGGAUCACUGUAAAAAGCCUGUGUGGUGUUAAGAGCCAGAUGCUUUAGCUAUAUCACUGGCUUCACGUUAGUGGCCUACAGUUUUUACCCAGUGUAGCAUUGUGUUUUUGUUUGUGCACUGGAAAUUGUGCCAUACUGAGAGCAAAUCUCCAUAAAUACUAAUUGCACUGGUAAACCUUCUGCCUUUGGUCUGCAGUAUAAUGAGUAGAUAUCCAAAAAGGUCUGUCAGGCCUUAACAUGUAUCACAGCUCCUAUCAAUGGUGCCAAAAUAGCAAGCAUUGCCUUAUUAAAGGGUGUCUAUGAAUCUUUGUAUUAUACAUUACUUCACUGCCAAACUCUGUAAUAUGAAAUUGUUACAGUGCCUUGUUGGUCUCAGAGGAAAGCUUUUUAAGUGUUGAUAAAAUAAUAUCAAAUGCAGUAUAUUUUUUAUAGUCAUUUCUAAUUAUAAGUGCCAUAUUUCGAGACAGAUUUGUAAAGUUUAAACUACAAGACCUCUAUUUUUAGUUUGGAGUCAGACUGUAGAGCUUUUUAGGCACACCUGUGUUCAUUAUUUGCUUGUUUAAGCUUGCAUUUUUAUUUUUCUUCUUUCAAAAGAUAAAAAUAAAUAAUUCUGCCAAGCCAUUCACUGUAUCAUACUGUAGAAACAUGUACAAAAUAUAUGGCCUUUUGGAUAGAAACAUAUAUAAAACAGAAUUUUAAUUAAAAUCAUUUCUAUAUAUAACGUUUCAGCUGUUCCUGAUCUUUUUUUGUUUUUUUUUUUCAUCUCUCAUGGAAGUCAAGAUGACUUUCAGCCACAAGGACACCAAAAACUCUAAAGCAGUUGAGAUUCACGGAGGUACACCCCUAACGUUGAACUUAUAAACUCUCAAAGAUGUUUUCAGCCUGCAGGCUCUGUAUGACUACCCCAAUUGGUACGUUAGACCUGAAUUAAAAUGACAGUUUUUAACUGCCUGUCAGUGACUUUGCCGUGUGCUUCAAACUCUGCUCUCUGUCCUGUUAAAGAUCUCUAAUUUUUAAGAGUUUCGACUGUUGAAUUUUGCAGAUUUACCUUUAUUUGUCAUUGUUUAAUAUGAAAAGUGCAGUAUUUUUCCGAUGUAAAUAAUGCUUGUUUGGUAAACUUGUUUUUUUGUUGGUUUU